ACCCGUCAUCAUCACCAUCAUAGAAAGUGAAUCUACCUCCGGCGUCACACAACAACUGACCCUGUAACUCACUCGGCUUUAAGUAUCCACCACCCUCACCACGUUUCCUACUCUCAACUCACAAAUUACACAUACAUCCGCCAAAAAACUCACAAUGGCCAGGGUGAGACCCAAUUCAUCCGCCUCUGAUACUCUAUCUUUUGGUUUAGCCCUUAUUUUCUCUCUAUAUGCUUGCGUUUGCUUGAUGGGUUUGGGUUUGAGUAAUUGGUUUUCGAACAACGACACCAACAACGACACCAUCGCCUCUGAGGUUGUCAAAUCUUUUCAAGGCUUAGUGAACAACCUGACGGAGGUCGGAAAAGUGGACCCCACAAAGACCAAGAAUAAGGUGCGCCUGUCUCAAUUUUUUAAGCAGGAAUGGCUUCGGCUGAGGGCUCAAACACUACUAAGGGAACUUGUGCAAGUUGAAGGCAACUACGACAAUGACGACCACGACGGCAACGACGGCAACGACGGCAACGAUGGCAACGACGGCAACAGCGGCAACAGCGGCAACAGCGGCAACGACGGUGGCUGUGGCUGUGAGAAGAAAAAGGAGGAAAACGAGGGCAAUGGUGGUGGCAAAAUGAAGUUUCCAGCGGGUCGGUUUGGACAACUUUCAUAUGGAAAGGGCUACCGUCAUGGAUAUGGUUAUCAAAAUGGGGCACUCAUCCCGCAAAGUGCUGGUAAGAUGAUCAGGAGCAGAAUCAUAGUGGUGUAUACCCAAAGGGAGCUCAUGCCCCAUAUUGGCAAGGAGGUCCGCAGCUCUAUUUUGUUCCCUGUAAAUAUGAGAGAUGUUGCAACUCCAGUUGCGACGCAUUAAUUCUUUGCAGUCCUCAAUCAAACAGAAUAAAGGGUGGGAUUGCUCACAGGUUUUGGUUAUCAAGGUGACAGUUGUCAUUGAAUCACUCUCAAUCUCAAGGGAUCUAAUGUUUUUAGCCCAAGCCAUUUGCAAGCCUCUGAAUAGACUCCAUAACUCAGCCUCCAAAAUAGUUCCAAACCCGAUGUUAGCUGAAAAACCACAGAUCCAAGUUCCAUUGGCGUUUCUCAGCAGCCCACCAGCGCAUAUUAAACCAGAGUUGAUUUUGCAGCUACCAUCCACAUUCAAUUUAACAUUUCCAAGGGAAGGAGGCUGCCAAAGGACUUGGAUAACCUCUCUAGCAUGAAUAACAUUAAUCACCUUAUUGAUGUCAUACCAUUCACAAGCAAA